AUGCGUGUCAAAGGAGUCGGAUUGGUAAUUGCGCUUGUUUUGGGGUCUAGCGCCGAGCCGAUACAGCGGGCUGUGAAAGCCCCGAAGAUCGAUCUAGGCUACGCUGUCUACGAGGGGACUCAUGAUGCUAACACCAGCAUCAAUAUCUUUAAAGGGAUUCGGUAUGCCGCUCCUCCACUAGGCAAGCUCAGGUUUGCUGCUCCUCAGGCCCCAACGCCCAAUCGAACGACAACAUUAGCUCUCAGCGACCCCCCAUUUUGCCCACAGACCGGUGCCUCCUCAGAAACCCCAGCUGAAUAUGGCUUCACUUCUGCAAUUGGCGAUGAAGAUUGCCUAUUUCUGAACGUAUAUGCGCCAGCUAACGCAAAGAAACUGCCUGUGUUCCUUUGGAUUCAUGGUGGAGGCUACGGACUAUUUAGCGCCUCUGGAUUAGACCCGAGCGAUUUUAUGACCACGAACCAUAAUGGCUUCAUAAGCGUUAUAAUCCAAUACCGUCUAGGCGCUUUUGGCUUCCUUUCAAGCUCCGAGGUGAAGGCCCACGGUGCGCUCAACGCUGGACUCCUCGACAUGAAUUUCGCACUGGGUUGGGUACAAGCGAACAUACGAAAGUUUGGGGGCGAUCCUCGUAAGGUUACGAUGGCAGGUGAGAGCGCAGGAGCAGGCGCUGUUUUGUACCAAGCCCAAGCCUACGGUGGAAAGCAGAGGGAGAGCCUUUUCCGUAACGUCAUCACCGCGAGCCCAUGGGUACCGUAUCAGCACGAUUACAAUGACGAAGUACCGAGAACAGCAUAUACAAAGUUCGUCGAAGCUUCCGGGUGCUCGUUGGAAAAGAAUACCAUCGAGUGCCUUCGCACAGCCGAUACCAUCAUUCUUCAGAAUGCCAGCGCGAAGGUUUCCGAGGCUGGGGCUUUCGGUACAUUUGCCUUCCUGCCCGUAACGGAUGGCACGUUUGUUCAAGAUCGCCUUUCUAAAUCCCUGCUUUCCAAAUCGCUAAAGGGAAAACGUGUCUUAUCCGGUAACAUGGCGAACGAAGGCGUGCCACUCGCGCCACCAACGACACGUACACUACAAGAUUUUCGUGACUAUGUGGAUAAGACAUUUCCCGGGUUUUCUACUUCCGAAAAGCGUCGCUUGGAGGAAAUAUACUCGUUUCCUGGUGAUACUAGUGACGUGCAACCCAACACUACGCGCUUCGCUACUUCUGGUACGGGCGUGCCUACGGCACUCAACAUAAGUGAGUUUGGAACAGGAAACCAGCAACGCGUUUUCAACGUCUUCGCAGAGUAUGCUUUUGUCUGUCCUAGUUACUGGGCUGCUGCCGCCUUUCCGGAAGGUUGGAAGUAUCAGUUCAGCGCGCCCCCGAGUUACCAUGGGUAUGAUCUGCAAGCGCUAUGGAGUGGAAACCCGACGCCCGGCCAGAGUUUCAAGCACGCUUUCCGUAAGAUAUGGGGGAAUUUUAUCACUAAGAACUCGCCGAUCGUAAGUGUGGAAGAUGCGAAGGGUGGCGUCGCAAACUCCACAAUCACGCCUGCAGUUGGAUAUAGUGAGAAAAACGUCCCGUGGCCAAGGUGGAACGAGAAGGAGCCGAAAUUACUGAACCUGAAUGCUACAGGAGGUGUUCCGUCCUUUGUGCAAGCAACAGAAGAUUUGUACUAUUACACGUAUAGCGAUCCGGGUGUCAGCAACCAGAUCAGUCUGGCCGAUGCGACUGCUUGGGAGGGCGGGAGAGGUGAGCGAUGUGAAUACUGGAAAGUCAUGGCAGCCAAGGUGCCGUACUGA